AUGACUAAGCCUUUGGUUCACAGCAGCCUAGCUCUGAGCAUCCUGAGUAUCCUCUCUGCUCUCAUAGGCCUUGUUAUACUCUCUGUCAGUCUGACUGCUUUAGAGCCUGCCUUGCAGGAGUGUAAGCUGAUUGCCACACAACAACCAGUCACAACCCCACACUAUUAUCGUUUCUUUCACCAUGAACUGGCUGACAAGAACUGCUUCACGGCCAAAGCUGCUCUGACUGGAGUCUUUUCAUUGAUGCUGAUCAGCAGUGUGUUGGAGCUUGGCCUGGCUGUCCUCACUACCAUACUGUGGUGGAAGCAGAGUUUUUCUGAUUUCUCUGGAAAUGUGAUUUUCCUGUCUCAGGACUCAAAGAAUAAAUCCAGUAUAUCUUCAGAGUCACUGUGUAACCCUGCAUAUGAGAAAUAACUGACUUCAUAAGAAUUAAGUAGAAAUUAUAUAACAGAAGACCAGUCUUUAACAUGAUUUUAAAAAGCCAUUUAUUGUGUGACAGCAAUGUUUAAUAUGUGUGUGUGGUGGUUAAUCAACAACCAUGAAAACCAUGUUGGCUGGCUGGUGUCUAUAGCUUGCUCCUGAUUUUGCUUCAGCCAAAGCACAGACCCGUAAAUUCCAAUUUAUGUAGUGGUCAAAGAGUCCAAGAUAUUUUCUCAAAAAACUAGAAGCAUGUUUCAUAGGGUUAUAGUGGGGGAAAUGGGUAUCAUUUCUUCUUAUUCUUUGCACUUAGCUGCAGGAGGUACUGGUUAGUGCCUGAGAUCUUAAUCUGUGCAUGUGGCAUGGGACUUUAUGCAUCCAUUUUAUUCAUAAGAACAUGAAGACAAGUCACCUCUUAUGAAGUCUCAAGGAGCAUACAAAAUAUUGACCUCCAAAUAAAGUCUUUAUGUGACCCCAUAUUUCAUUUGCAUAGUUUUGUUUUUGCAUUUAAGCCCAUGGCAUAUCGCUUAGCACAGGCAUGUCAAGAUGAAGUACCUUUCUUCCCUCCUAAGUGCAACCAAAAGUUUCACCAAAAAUCUAGCCAAGAAUACUCAACAUUUACUAAGAAAAAAAUUAGGACAUCUCUUUCUUUUUCUUCCUGAUUGAAAAAUAAAAAAGAAUAGUUGUAUUUUUAACUUUUUCCUAGAGCUUGUGCACAUUUCUCCGAUUUCCUUUUCUAUUAUAAAUACUAUCUACAAAGCUGGAAGAAAUAACAUCAAGAUUAAAGUGGAUUAAACUGAAUCUGAAUGAGCAUUCAAUAUUUAGCAACCUUGUGUGGGUACCAGUUGGGGUACUUGAUUUUGGAAUCAGCAGAGUUAACAGGAUAGUGGUUCACAGGUUGACACUCACAAACCAGCUUUGUUCCUAGAUACAUAAGCAGACUGUGCUUCCUCAGUCGAUAUGUGUAAUUGGAACACAUACACUGAGGAGUUGACAAAAAUCUGCAUAUUGAUUCCCUGAUCUGUGUGUGAUGGCAUGUUGUGAUUAGAAUGGUCAGUAGAAAUUAUUAUAUGUGCCUCUACUUGGGAAAAUAAUGAAUCAAAAUCAGUAAUCAUUCUCUUGGAAAAGUUCUGGAGGGAGUGCCACCAUCAAGAACAUGAAAGAUUCAGGGUAAUGGUUUCAAUCAACUCUUUGUGUAACUUUUCUGUUUGCCUAAGCAGAAGACAGACAUUUGGACAUGGCAGUUAUAAGUCUAAUUAGGUGAUGGAUCAUAUUGUUGCUGCUGUACCAUAUGUGAUUUUCUGUUUUUUUUUUCUUGUAAGCAAACUCAUUUAUCUCCUGAUACCACAUGCAGCAACUGGUCUGGCAAAUGCUUUCCCCCCUCUAUACCUCUUUGUAAGGCCCACCAAAACCAAUUUACUUUCAGAAGUCAAAACCACCAGUAUUCCUUCACUGUCCAGUCUCAAAAACAUAUUAAUUCUCCCAGAGCCCAUUUCUCUUUUUGUAUUAUGUUUUCUUAGACAUGAAUACUUCUGUAUUGAUACCAGAUGUCAGUCUUUGUUCAGUGUUGCACUAAUUUUGCUGCAAUGUUUAUCACCUGAAAUAAAAGCUUAAUAUCUGA